GGGUCGCUGAGGGCUCCGGGCUCCACCGCAGCGCUCUGCCCGCUCCGUGGCGGCGCCCAUGGAGGCGGCGCGGGGCUGUAACGGGUACGCGCGGCAGGACAGGCCGCCGCCGCCCUCCGCUUCCCCGUCGGCGGUGGCCGAGAAGCCGCGCGGGCCCCCCGGCGGUGGCGGGGACGGGUGGCGGGGCGAGCGGCCCCGCAGCGAGGAGGACAACGAGCUGAGCCUGCCCAGCCUGGCGGCCGCGUACACCACCAUCCUGCGCUCGCUAGGCGAGGACCCCGAGCGGCAGGGGCUGCUGAAGACGCCCUGGAGGGCGGCCACCGCCAUGCAGUUCUUCACCAAAGGCUACCAGGAGACCAUCUCGGAUGUUCUGAAUGACGCCAUCUUUGAUGAAGAUCAUGAUGAGAUGGUAAUUGUGAAGGACAUAGACAUGUUCUCAUUGUGUGAGCAUCAUCUCGUUCCAUUUGUUGGAAAGGUACAUAUUGGCUAUCUUCCUAACAAACAAGUACUUGGCCUCAGCAAGCUUGCUAGGAUUGUGGAAAUAUACAGUAGAAGAUUACAAGUCCAGGAACGCCUUACCAAACAAAUUGCAAUAGCCAUCACAGAAGCCUUACAGCCUGCUGGAGUUGGAGUGGUUAUUGAAGCUACGCAUAUGUGUAUGGUAAUGCGUGGGGUACAGAAAAUGAACAGUAAAACAGUUACCAGCACAAUGUUGGGAGUAUUCCGGGAAGAUCCAAAGACCCGUGAAGAAUUCUUGACACUCAUCAGGAGCUGAAACUGUGUUAUUCUCUAAAUGCACUCUGGAGAUUUUGUCCAGUGUCACUGUCUGUUCUUACUUAUUCUUACAUCUCACUUUUAAACUAAAUUGUUGUGAAUUGUUGUCAUAGUCUUUGUGCGGUAAGAGACUUCUGAUGGCAAAUGAAAAUGUAAUGAUGAGGUAGGCUCCUCCUGGAUUUCCAGUGAAGCUAAUGUCACAGAAUUACAAGCAACAAAUAGGGUUUUGGAAAUGUUUUUCAUCCACAAUGCAGAAUAUUCUGCUCUCAGGAGAAAAGUGGGGCUUGGGAGUGAAAUGGAUAUUUAUAAAAUAGUUAUGUUUAUUAGAAUAAAUGUGGAACAGCGCAGAAAAUGAUGGAAAGGCUGUGGGUCCUUGUAGGACCCCUAUGCUGCAAAUACUGCGCCUCUGCUGAAAAGUAUGGUCCUGAAUUCUCUCUGACUAUAUUUUAUUACAAGUCCUGCAGCGGCUGUUUAAAAAUCUGGAUGUCUGUGUUAUACCUCUUUGAGAUGUUUGAUGUUCUCGCUAGUGGUGUUUGAUGUUCUUGCUAGUAUUAACCCUCCUUUUCUGUGUGUGUUUUUUGUUUGAGAAACUUAAAACACGUUUGUCCUAGCCUCUUAACGUGCAGGGAUUUAACUUCUAAAUUAUUUGGGGCACAUUCUUAUCUCAGUAUAUACCAUUUUAUGCACCUUCUUAUCUGUGCCUGAGAAUCUCUGAUCACUUUUAACUGUUAGUUUCUUACUAUUUUUAAGCAAACUUUAAGAGUGGGGAGGGAAAAAAAUCCAGUCUGUGAAGUGCUAAGAGAUCCAAAGAGGUUUUUAAUGAUAUUAUAUUUUGAGCUUUCCCUCUUGGAUUUCUGUGGGUUAGAAGCUAAAAGUAGCCUGGUAAUCUGAAAAUUAAGAGUUCAAGCUUGUCAAGAUUUGCAUCUCAUAAAUGUUGGACCAAAGGUAAGCACUGAAAUCCUGAACACAGCACCCUUGUACCUCUUCUGCUUGACAGCCGGUCGUUUCAGGGCAAAGUAACCUGAAAUGACAACAACUUAUUUUGUAAGAGCAAUUGAGAAAAGCAUUUCCAGGGCCAUCAAAGUGAAUUCAACCACAUUUUUUUCUGUGUGGCAACUUCUGUAUGUGGCAGUAUUGGUACAAAAGGUUCAGUCAGCUGGACUUGGCUGAACUUCUUAUACUUUGUUACAGUUUUAAUGGCUGUUUUGUAACUCUUAAUUGGGAAAACAUGAGGCACAAAUGAAAACCACCCUUCCCAAACUAAGCACAGGAGGCAAAAGUUAGAGAAUAAAAUGUCAGCCAGGGUGUCGGAUGCUCACAGAGAAGGUUCCCAUAGUGGUAUCUGCUAUGCCGAAUAUGAAUCCAAGAUGUUCUGUAUAUGAACCUAAAAGACAGUUCCUGGUCUGGCAAGCUCCAUCUUAACCAACAUUCCUGCCUCUUGCUUCAACCCGUGUUGGAAAUUGAAUGAAAAUAAUGUCUGGUCAAAUUUCCAUUGGGCCUAAAGAAGUUUCAAGAACAACCACCUCAUGUACUUGAUUACACUGAUUUUACCUUGAUGACCUUCACAGCAUUAUUGGGAAAAAUCUUUUGUAAUAUCCUCUGUUCUGGAUUCUGUAGAGUUAAGUACUGUAACAGUGUUUGUCUGCUAGUGUAAACAAGCUGUGUUUGCACAUUUAUAAAAUACACUAACUCUAUGGUAUUUGUUUUCCUGAAGUGGUUGAGAGCAGAUAUUGCCACUUUCUGCUUCAAAUACCCAGCUGAAAAAGCCUUAAACCUUUCUUGCCUGAGGUUCAGAGUAGAACUCUGUCUUUAACUCAAAAACAGGAAAAAGAAUUUGAGGACCAAAGGGGCACACACUAGUAUAUUUGUUUCUCUUUGCUUGCUUUAGUUUGGAAAUUAAGUCUCUGUAAAACACUGUCUUGCUCCUGAGGUAAGGGAAAAGUUGUGUUUUAACCCCUUAUCUCUAUUCAGGAUAAAGUUCGCAUUGCACCACCACUGGUUUUUAUUUCCAUGUGACCUAUAGCCCUUAAACCAUACCUCUCUCUACUUGUGGCCUUGGAUUUUGCUCACGUUGUUGUUGUAAGAUUUGGUGCAUUUUUUUGAACAUUAGUAUUGUUCAAAUACACAAGCUUUAACUACA